AUGCGCAUAUAAUAUGCAUGCUGCAUGCAGCGCAGAGGAUCGGACCGAAUGACAUGACGAACACUUCUCUUCAAUUUCGACCGUCAUAAAUUAAGUUUAUCAUGGAGAAAAUUGGUUAUUGGGUUCCAGAAAAGAAGAAGAAGAAAUUGAAUUUUGGAGAACUAGCAAUUCUUUUUCGACAAAGAGGAACAGAGCUCGUUGAGCUGGACCUGCAGAAGUCAUUGAGUGACCAAGGGCCAUUCUCGGUCAUCUUUCACAAACUAACUGAUGUAGUUACACAGGCAGCUAAAGGAGACAACAAAGCAAGGUGUAUGAUUGAUAAUCUAGAGAUGUACAUCAAGGUUAAUCCUGAUGUAGUGGUCUUAGAUCCUCUAAGUGCUGUCAAGAACCUGAUGGAUCGUAAUAUCAGCUAUCAAGUCCUACUAGAUUCCCUCCAAAGUAACCCUGAUAUUCAUAAGAAAGUCAAAGUACCCAACUUUGUUGAAAUACAUACAACCAAAGAGACAGAGAUUAUGCAGCUUCUACGCAAGGCUCAAGUAGGAUUCCCUUUAGUUUGUAAGCCAUCUCAAGCCCAUGGAUCAGUAAUUUCACACAAGAUGUCUUUGAUAUUCAAUGAAGCUGGGUUAAAGGAUAUCAAACCGCCAUGUGUAGCUCAAACAUUCAUUAAUCACAAUGCCUUGCUUCAUAAGGUGUUCAUCAUAGGAGAUCAGUACUUUGUAGUCAAGAGACCGUCAGUUAAAAACUUCACAAUAGGAGGCUCAGAUCAGAGCACUAUAUUUUUUGACAGUCAUGAUGUAUCCAAAUUCAACUCAACAUCAUUCCUGAAUGAGCUUGAUGAAACUGAUGCUGAUCAUGUGAUGUUAGAGCCAUGUUCAGAUGUACUUAAAUCUCUAGCAGACUGUUUACACAAUGGUCUUCAGAUGUCACUGAUUGGGGCUGAUGUCAUAGUUGAGAACCAUACAGGCCUUCAUUAUGUCAUUGAUGUUAAUGCAUUCCCAGGCUAUGAUGGUGUACCGGAAUUUAUGCAAGUUUUGUUUAACUACAUUGAGAAACUGAUAGUUAAUCCAAAGACAUCGGAACAUAAUCCAGUCAUUCCUAAGGACUCGAAAGCUAAACAAACUGGUGUGCAAUUAGUGAAUGGAAUUGCACCAACACUCAAAGACUCAAUAGCAAAGGUUGAAGAUUGCACCCUUCAACAAACCAUCAGCAAACCUGUUAAGAGACCUCUCAAUGAUGUUGUGGAGAAUGGAACAGACUUGGCAUGCAAGAAAUGUGUGCUUGUAAAUGGCUGCACUCCAGGGUCUAAUGGUGAAUGAAAACUAAAUGUUUGGAGGAUCCAGUCUCUUCUGUCAUCUUCACAUGUUCAUGCCAUUGUAGGACUGCCUUCUCUUUCCUUCGUACAUAACAACAAGUGGUUUCUUCUAAUACAUCUCACUUUCCCACAUUCAGAAGUGGAUAUGCUUCAGAUUGUGUGCCAGUUUGCUCAUUUCAUUUAUUCUCUUUGGAAUCUGAAAUAUGAGCACUGUUUUGGAACAGGACAAGUUCUUUUACAUUGUUGCACUUCUUCAAGAUAUCUUUUGACCCUGUUAUCUCAGACCUGUGUUGUUACCAAUGUCAAAUCGUUUUUGCAACGUAAGACCUGGCUUAUGUCAAGGGAUUAGCAGAACUUCCCUGGCCUGUGAUAGGAUUCUUUAGGCUGAUUUUAUUCUUUUAUUUUUUUUAACUUUUCCAUCACCAACUCAUGAAUUAAAAAAAAAAAAAUUUUCUGUCAUUUUUGUUUUUCUUUACUCUCCAUUCAUAAUGAAAAGUUCUUUCCUUUUUUAGAAUCUGUUCAUUUGAUAUUGUUUCUGUCAUUUUUGAGGGAUCUAUUUUUUCCCUGUAAUGUAAGAAUAUCCCUGUGGAAAAUUUGCAAACUUUUCUUUCAAACAGUAUAUUACUUGGCAUUAAGUCAGUUGAAUAUGAAUUUUAUUUAUGGGAAGUGGUAAAGUAGUUGUUCAUGAAUUUACAAUGGCAUUUCUUGACAAUUCUAGGACAUUAUUAAAGGGCAACAGUACAUGUCCUUUAAUUUGUUUGAGGUAUUGUAAAGGAUCUUUGUGUAUGGUAAAUUAACCAUGAAAUUGGAAGAUGUGUGCUCUUUUCCAAGCCUCAUAUUUUGAUAUUUAGAUUAGAUUUUUUUAAUUUCUUACUCUUUAAAGGUCAAGUCCACCUCAGGAAAAUGUUGA